AUGAAGAAACCUAAAAAAUCAUUCCUUUUGCACGCAUUCCUAUUCAUAAUCCUAAUAUGUUUAGUCUAUUUUGCCUUCAUUACUAUAAAUCUUAAAAAUAAUCCACCUCCCACACCUUCCAGUGCCGUGUUCCACAGUUUCACCACUAAUGCCUCAACGAUAACAAAAAAUCCUGACUACAAUAUAUGGCUUAUAUUCACAAAGGUAUCCACCAAAUCUCCAUUGACUGUUAAGUUUGAAAAUCUCCUUUAUAAUUUGUUGAAUGUUUCCUCGGUGCUUCUAAAUUUUAAUAUUAUUGUUGAUGAAAAGUCCAAGAGUAUUGCUUUACUUAAGCUCACUGAAAUUAUGGUAAAAGCUAAUAAAAGCAUGAAUUAUAAAUUCUACGAUGUACAGGAUUGUGCUAGGAAAAUUACAGAUAUUUAUGAUGCUAUGAUGCCUUUCUUUAGCUCAAAGCCUGGUACAUAUUACAGUGAUGCACUCUUUUACAUAUCCCUAGGAUUAUACAGGGUAGCUCCUAUAAAGCAAAAGAGAGCCAUUUUAUUAGACUGUGAUCUUUAUUUUAAAAAAGAUGUUGCUUUGUUAUUUGAGGAGUUUCAAUGGUUCAAAUCUACUGCCUUUUUUGGCUUGGCCCCAGAACUAACUCCAGUCUACAAACACAUUCUGCACAUGUACAAACGCAAACAUAAAACCACUUUUGGUGAAUUUUACCAUCAACGACCAUUAAGUCCAAGCAGUCCUAACCAUCCUAAAGGUUUCCAAGGUUACAACAGUGGAGUGGUCUUAGUAGAUUUUGAAAAACAACGGAAUUCCACAGAAUUUUCUAAAAUAAUCACCAAAGAAAGUGUUAUAAAUAUGACAGAAAAAUAUAAGUUUAGGGGGCAUUUGGGAGAUCAAGAUUUUUAUACUUUAUUAGGCUAUGAGUAUCCUGAGCUUAUACAAACAUUAAAUUGCGGAUUCAAUAGGCAAUUGUGUACAUGGUGGAGGGAUCAUGGCUAUAGGGAAAUUUUCGAUUAUUAUUUUAAAUGUGAUCAUCCCAUUGUGGUUUUGCAUGGGAAUUGUAAUACUAGAAUACCCAUGGAUUAUGUUAAUCCUCAGAAAAAUCUCACCUUGUGA